UGUGUGUGUGUGUGUGUGUAUUCGUGUGUGUGUUACAGUGCAAUAAUAUCCGUACUGUAUGUCAGGGAAAAUAUGUGUGUAGUGUGUGUUUGUGUGUGUUACGGUGCAACAAAAUGUGCCGGUGCCUUUUGAAGGAAAAUUAUGUUAGCCUACUCUUCUAUUAUAAAGGUUUGUGUGUGUGACUAUUGUUUGACGUGUGUGUAUGUGCACGUGGAUGAGAGCACACAGUGAAUUUUCUCAUCUUACAGGAGGCCACACACACCACUGCUCACAAAUUAAAUAUAUUAGCUUACAAAUGAAAUAUGUCAAUCCAACCUGACAAAUAUAAAGUGGUCAGUGUGAGUUUUCAACUUAUUAGAGACCUGAAUUCACCUAUUAUUCACUUGUAUUUUUUUAUUCAACCUUUAUAUAGGCAAGUCAGUUGAGAAAACAUUCUUAUUUACAAUUACAGCCUACCCCAGCCAAGCCCUAACCCAGACAUUGCCGUACCAAUUGUGCGCCUCCCUAUGGGGCUCCCAAUCACGUCUGGUUGUGAUAGAGCCUGGAAUUGAACCAGGUCUGUAGUGAUGCCUCUAGAACUAAGAUGCACUGCCUUAGACUGCUGCGCCACUCGGGAGCCCUAAAAGAGAUAGCAGAGGAUGGUUACGUGAGCUUAUGUCCUUCUUCAAUGGUAAUUGUAACCAGUAAAUGUGGCUGAAUGAAAUGUUUCACUGCCAGAUAAGGCUCUGAUGAUAGCCAGGUGUAGCAGUGGUAAGGUGUUGGGACUCUGCUUUUGGGACAGCUUUAUGUAGGCCGUUACAGUUUGUGGGCACCGUUUGUCACCGUUAUAGUGCAAUUCAUGUAUUGUUUAGUGUUGUGUUGUGGUUUUGCAGGCAUGCAUCCCAAUUUUUUUUUUAUUGCCCCACCAAGAUUUACAUUCUAAAAUCGCCGCUGAUUGUACCAGAAUAACUCAAACUGGAGAUAGGAUAGGGGUGCUUGGUAAAUAACGUUGAUGUAGGGUAAUAAAACUAGAUGGCGCUGCUGAGCACAAUCAAGUUGCCCCAGCAGUUUAAUUCAGUCAACUCUGGUGAUAUCUUGGAGUUCUUGCAGAGGUAAUAACAUUACGCCCAGCAAGAAAACGUGUUUAAAUUCGCUGGUCAAUCCAGAAAGAGACCAAGACAGAUGCUGUUUCCCCUUCUUCCAGCUACAGUUAACAAUAUAAUCAAGUCUUCCCCUAGAAACGGGUAGGCAGUAGGCAACAACAAUUUUUUUUCGUCCUCUCUCCGCGGACGAGUCCAUUACAUAUAUAUGUAGGGUUGGAUCUUUACCGCACUUCCAAAGAAUCAGCAUUCUAAGCACACUCCCUUUAAACGACACUACUACCACAAUGUGUGGAUGUUCUUCUUUUUUUAACAGUCACCAACUACGUGUUAUAUAUGAGCUAAAUACUAUGUGAGCUAAACGUAUCGUUUAGUAGCGUGUUGCUGAUGUGUUUGUUCAUCCCUCCGCUCUGAGGCAAUGGGAGUGGCUAGAAUAACCUUCGGGUGAGCCAGUUGGGAGAGCCGGAGAGCGAGAAACUCACGGAGAAGACUAGUCGGUUUUUAACAUGGCGGAGACCGUACGCUCGCUCUUCGACUACCGGGAGCCACCGACCCUGGACAGCGACGGAGAGGGAACCAAACCGGCGCCGACACCUCGGGGACGCGGUUGCGGGAGAAAAAGGAAGGGAACGCCGGUGAAAGUGUGUGACCGCGUCUUUGUCACAGAGGAUGAGGAGGAGAGCUCCGAACACAGCUACGGUCCAGGUGAUGGUAAGGGGGCUGCAGAGAACAAACGACCAACCCUGGAUGGCCCUUGCUACAUCAAUGACCCUGUUCAGAUCUGUGGGUCUUCAGAGCUGGGUGAGGAGGGAUCCAGCGGGGGCAGGGGGGCGGCGGUGAUGUACCCCCCUCCUCCAAACUGCCGCAUCCGAGAGGUACACUGUGGGAGCCAGGUGCGUCUGGUCGUCAUAGCGAUCCGAGACAUCACCAAGGGAGAGGAGAUCACCGUUGACUACAGCCUGACCGAGUGGGGAGACAACACUAUGGGAUUCCGUGGUACUGUCUCCUCAGGGAGAUAUGAGUGUAUCGCUGACCCUGAGAACAACCGUAUCAAAAAGGAGGAAGAGUCCGGGCUCGUGCCCUCCUCUCUCUCAGCCCAGGACUACCUCACCCCUUCCUGGCCCCUGUCCCCCUCUUCCUCCCCCCCUCUCCCACUCCAACGCCAGUGACUCGGAUCCCCAGAAUGAGGAAGACGGG